AUGAGCAAAAUGAAAGGCGGAAAGUUUGCACUUAUUACUGGGUAUUUGAUUGAACUGGAAGAGCCAUUUGAUUAUCAUCCUGACCUUGAUAGUUGUGGAUACGGUGAUGUUGAGGUUAUCGCAACCCUUCUUCCCCAUGAAAACGAAGACCACUUGGUAUCCAGAGGCGUGCAUGUUACUCGUACAGAUGUCACGAGUGACGUUAGUGUAGAGAAGCUGAAAGAAACGAUCCAGAAGCUUACAGGGGGGAAGUUGGAUAUCCUCAUCAACAACGCGGGAAUCUGUUAUACCAUGCCGGCUACAGAUACGAAAGUGGCCGAUGUUGAGAAGAUGUUCAAAGUGAAUGUUUUUGGCCCCAUGCGGGUCGUUCACUUCCUACAUCCUUUUCUAAUUGCUACCAAAGGUGUUGUUGUUAACAUUGGUUCCAUUGGAGGGGUUUGCCCUUAUGUUUAUGGGGCGUCCUACAAUGCUAGCAAAGCCGCCCUGCACCAUUAUGGCAAUACCUUGCGUGUGGAAAUGCGACCAUUUGGCGUUCGGGUUGUGAACAUCAUCAGUGGGGAGGUACAUACCAACAUCCUCAAAAAUGAUCAUGGCAGAUCUCUUCCGGAAGACUCUGUAUACUAUCCGAUGAAUGAGGCUUUUCAGGCUCACCUUUACCGAAAGCCAGAUGGCGUGACUCCCGAUCAAUAUGCGACCGGGGUGGUUAAGGAGAUACUGAAGAAGUCUCCAGCGCCCUGGUUUUGGUUCGGUGCAUCAUCGGGCACUAUCCGAUUUAUCGAUGCCUAUUUACCUCGAACUUUCUGGGAUUGGUUCUUCGGUCGUCUGUUCAACCUCGGAAAACUGGCUGACUCAAAUUCCGGUGGGGUCAAGCUCAUCUGA